AAUUUCAUGAUAUAUAAAUAUAUGCGUAUGAAUUGAUAUAUAAAUUAAAUAAUAAAUAUGUAAAUACUAAUACUCACAGAAUGGUUUAAUGAAUUGUGAUAGGUUUUUUCAAAAGAUUUGCCAUGUCUAAAUUUGAUUUAUCUCAAAAUAAGCAAGUUUUUAUUAACGAUAAUUUACUUGUUAAAUCAACAGUCGAAUCCUUGGCGGCAGAUAUAACUGAAACAUGGAUAGGUUUAAAUAAUAAAGAUAAAAGUACCAACAACUCUUCAAGAAAAUCAGUUACGGAUUUGAUACGAAAACUUUGCCGUAAAGAAAUUCAACCAGGUCAUACAUGUUGGACCUCAAAUUCAAGUGUUGUUCCCUAUUUUAUAAAACAUAUUAUAGAAAAAGAUAUUGGACAGAAUACAGUAAAAAUAUAUAAAAGAAAACUGGAUCAAUUUUUAAAUGAUGAUAUUAUUCUUGGAAGAUUUAAUGAAAGUAGUGUCCCUAAAUGUAAUUUGUACACUUUAAAUGAAGAAAAAUAUUUAUCAUUUGUUUAUGCUAUUUUAAAUCUAAAAGUAGAAGAAUCUGAUCGACAUAAAAUUAUUGAGAGACAUUUAACACUUUAUAACACUGAUAAAAGUAAUUUGAACUACAAAAACUACCUUGAAGAAGUCUUCCGCAGAAAAGAUGAACUGAAUAUAUCAUCCACUUUGACAGAAAAAAUUAUGUUAGCUGUACCAAGUAUAAUUGAAAAUAAAAUAAUAAAUUUUGUCUCACACGUAUACAAAGAAUGUAACAUCACAGACACCAAUGAAUUAAACAACAUUGCAUUAUUAAGCCUACAAUCUAAAGUUUGCUUUCAAAUGUGCGCUAAGAUGUUUCACACAUUAUUUAGGGAAACUGAAUAUUCACAUAUUCUUCAUAUGAUAAUUCAAAAAUAUGUUGAACAAAUAAUGAAAAAUAUAUCUCUAGUGGAAUAUAUAGCAUUAUAUCCAGAACGAUAUCAAAAAGUUAUUCAGCAAAUGCAAAUGGGAAUUAGCACUUAUAAUAUUAAAAAAUUAUAUGCUCUAUAUAAUUCUUUAUUACAAGAAGAUGAUGUUGAGUUUGCAGUCAUGCUGCUAACACAUAAUACAAAAUGGUUUAAUGCUUUAUAUGAUGAAUUUGUAUAA